AUGGCUAUGCUUGGAACCUCCCAAAUCACAUACACUGUGUUGGCUGCAUCGUACUUCUCGAUGGCGGACGAUCGUGUAUCAACUGGCGUCGCUCUGAAGAAGGCAGCUGGGGCGUUCGACUUUGUCCCCGGGUUGUUGGCAUGGUACACGGUCAGCCACCUGAUGCGUCAGGAUGCACUCCUGUUCUCGUUCCCACUGGGGAAUACUGGUCUUUUGUACGCGCGAUGCGGCGGAAGAGACGAUGUAUCAAAAGGGGGGGACCAGGGCUUUUAG